UUUUUUAAUAUUUCUUUUUUUUUGUGCCGCUGGCGAAAAUUGUUUCGAAGUUAGGGGCCAGGGGGCUGAAAUUCCCUUUUUUCCAAAAACCCCGCAAAAUAAAAUUUUUUGCGGGAUCCCACAGGGAGUAACUUUUAAAAACGCGUUUGCGGGACGGAAUCCCGUCAUUCCUCCUAAUCCCGUACUCCCGCAAAUAGAAAAAAGUGCGGGAUUGCGGGAGCAGUCUUAUAAAAAUUAAUUAAAAUUUUAAUUUUAGGGGUUAAAAUUUUAGUAAAUUUUUUAAUUAAAUAAAAUACUGUUUUGUUGAUCAAUGCGAAUUAAAGCAAAAUUUCCUGAAAUAACUGGACUUUUACCAAAUGAGGAAGAAACGGCAAAAUUGAAUCGUUGGAUAAAUGAAUUACGUCGAAAAGGAAUAACAGUAGAAUCACAUAUUCGGCUUUUUGUUUUUGAAUUUGUUGAAAAUGUUGGGAAUGAUUUUGAUGAAUUGGUUAAACAUUUCGCAAAUCACAAAGUUGACGAAUUAAAUAAUUUAUAUAAAAUUGCUUUGGAAAGGGCGUUAGUUUUGGGUAAAGAAGCUACAGAAGCAGAACGUGAUGCUUUGAGAGCAACAAAAGCAAAUCUUUUUAAAAUUAUUUCAAGUUCAAAUAUUCCUGAUUCUUUGCCUAUUCUUUUGGCAAUUAUUGCUCGUUGUAGAAAUGCUGAUCCAGUGGCUUAUGCCGAAUUGCAUUUAAAUGGUCUUGCAACUAUUGAUUAUUAUAUCCGUUUAUUUUCUCCCAAUGAUCGUUUUAAAGUGGAUCGUAUUCGUUGUGUUCUUGAACCUAAACACAUUUUUCGAUGGUUUUCAAGUAAAAAUAUACAUGAAUAUGAUCAUUUAUUGGAAAGAGUUGAAAAAAUUUAUUCUUUAAAUGACCCUACUAAACGAGGUUUUUUUGUAUCUUUUAUGAAUUUUUUCAAUUUAAAAUUUUUAGAGAUUGAAGCAGCUGCUUGUUUAUUUAUUCGUGGAUUAGUUCAUUGUACAGAUGUGGCCGAUUCUACAAAAAAUUUUGGGGCGAACAAAUUAAUUGGUGCUGGUCUUCCAAAUUCUGCUGAACUUUUUGCGGAUUUGGUUAAUAAUGAAGAAGAGCCAACUACUCCUAGAGACCAAAAAGAUUAUUUAAAAUAUAAAACUUGCACUAAUGUAUUGGAAUAUGAACCUGAAACUUAUGAUUUACGACCUUAUCAAAACGAAUUGGUUUUGCAUGCUAACAAAGGUCGAAAUACAAUUAUUUGUGCACCAACUGGAAGUGGAAAAACUUUGGUAGCUGUUGAUAUUAUAAAAAAUCAUUUAACAAAUCGUCAUCGUGCUGGAAAAGUUGGAAGGUGUGUAAUGCUUGUACCAACAGUUCCUUUAGUUGAUCAACAAUCUUUACAUUUUGUUCAAUUUCUCACAGAAUAUAGAGAUAAUUAUCGUCCAAAUAUUGCUUAUUGGGUAGAUGGUUUUAGUGGUUGUGAAAAUAUUUUGGAAGGCCGGGCUUAUCGUUUAUUGUCUGCAGACAUUUUGGUUAUGACACCACAAAUAUUAAUAAAUAUGUUAGAAAGUAUUUUACGUUCUGAACGUGUUUAUUUUGCUGAUUUUACUUUAAUUAUAUUUGAUGAGUGUCACCAUGCGACAAAACUACAUCCAUACAAAAGUUGGUAUUUUAUAUAUUAA